AUGCUCUCCUUCACACUUGAAAAAUGGCUUUCAUCAUCAUCAGGAAGCAAGUAUAAAAUCAACAAAUCGCACAAAUCCAUUUUCAAUUUAUUAUUUUGCAUAUUACUUUUCGGAUUAAUAAUUGAGCAAAAGUUCGUCAACGCUCAGUCAGUAUCUGCGUCACCGGGACCGAGAGCAGAGCAUUGCACGGCUGCUUAUGGGAAUCGUUUUUAUGUAUAUAGUGGUAAUGGGAAUGAUCAAUUGUAUAGUUGGUUUAGUUAUAUUGAAGCACCAUUCAGUGUAUCGAAUCAAAAAUGGGUUGCUAUGCCAACUGACGGAGCUCAUAAUGUCAGUCGUCCUGCAUGUGUUGUGACUGAGAAUGGUCGUUUCUUUGUAAUUGGUGGUGGGCAAUAUGAUGAUGUUAAUUAUUACGGUGUGUCCUCGUAUGAUCUGACAAAAGGAACUGCUGGCCAAUGGACUGAUGUUAAAACAAAUAAUCUUGAUUCACGCAGUCUGAUAGCAUAUCGAGACAGUCAUAGAGCAAUAUAUGUGAAGACUACUUCUGGAAACGAAUUAAUAUUUGUGUUUAGUGGCGCAUUUGGUAGUGUAAUGAGAAACGAUUCUUAUAUUUUACAUCUUGGAAAUAGUUCAUGGGAGAAAGUACCAGAUGCAUCGCAAUCUAAAUAUGCACCUCCCGGGCUUGCAUUCUCUUCUUUAGUCACUUUCAAAGAUAAUAUCUUUGUUGUAAGUGGUUCCGGAAGUAUGUCCGAUUCUUGGGAAUAUUACGACCAAGUAUGGGCUUUCAAUAUACCCACGCGCACAUGGUUUGAUCCAAGUGUCUCGGCAGGAAUCUAUUUUGUUGGCGCCUGGCCUGGAAAACUAAACGAUACAUUUUUCUUUGUUUCUGCUAGUUCAAGUUCCUUAAAUUCGAUUAUGGGCGCCUGGAAUCUUAUGAAUAAUUCUUUUACGAUAUUUAAAACGGGUCCAAUGGCACAAGGUAUUAGUCAUGAUUAUUAUUCCGCUUCUCAAUUUGCUGGAAGUGAUGUGCUAAUUACAUAUGGUGGAGAAAGUCAAAAAAGCUCUAAUGCAUCAAAUUCAAAAGUUAUAGCAUCCGGAUACACAUCGGAUUUGGCAAUUUUUAACAUGACACAGCGUGCUUGGGUAGAUACUUGUAAUGUCCCUACAACGUUGCCGGUGGAUAAAUUCGCUGGUGGUGUUUUGGCACCGAAUCAAGAUGAUCCAUAUUAUAUCAAGUCGUCGAAUUCAAAUGGAAGUGAUCAUGGGGGAAGCUCAUCUCCUAGUAACGCCACCGACUCAGCUAAAAAUAGUUCAGGAUUAUAUAUUGCGGCAGGGGUUGCAGCUGUUGUAAUCUUGGGUGUUGGGUGUUUUGGAUUUUGGUAUUAUCGGAGAAGAAAAAACGGAGAUCCAAAUAAAAAUCAAGGUCAAGAAGUUGAAAGUGGUAAUCAAUUAGAUAAAACACAAUACCCACCCGUCGUCCAAGUACCAUCAACAACACCUUCAACACCAAAACCUGAAAUCUAUUCCCAUUCAGUUAACAAUUCAAGCUCAGAUAUCUCCCUUCUAUCUUCUCAGGCGCAUCCGAUGCGUGUUCGUAAUGACUCAAAUGUUAGUUCAAGAUACAAAAAUGAAGUUUUUGGCCGUCAUAAACUCACCGCCAUGAUUUAUGAUCAACAAGAUGUAAAUGAGACGGAACCAUCAGCUCCAGCUAGUACUGUAAUUUUACACCGCUAUCGAUUAGGAGGAAAAUCUGCAAACGGAGGGAAUAACACAAUACGCCAGGCUGUUGAUGAACAAACUGAUGAUCAAGUGGCGGUUAAAUUCUUUCAAAAUUUCGAAUCUUUUGAGCGAGAAGUUGUUAUGCUCAAAUAUCUUCGUUCUCGUUAUGUCGGUGAACUUUUAGCAUUGUACGAGCUUCCUUCGAAAAUCGAUUGGCCUUAUAUUGCUAUAUUGAAUUAUUAUCCACAGAGUUUAGACAGUUUCAUUUUGAGUAAAUUGUCCACGAUGGACACUCUAUUUAUAAAACUUAUCAUAAAGUCUAUAACACAAGCAAUUCAUUAUUUGCAUAAACAUAAUGUUGCUCAUUUGGAUGUUAAACCUGGAAAUUUUGUGCACGAAGCUGGCGAUGUCACCUCAUGGAGAUUAAUUGACUUUGAGGCUGCUAGAUUUAUUGGGGAAGAAACAGUCGAUGAUUGUUCACCUUUAUACAGUUCACCCGAGGUAUUACAUUCGGCACAAACACAGUCUUCGAUAAUAGCAACAACUUCAAUGGACAUGUGGUCUUUGGGAUGUAUAAUCUAUGAAUUAUACACAAACACACCGUUGUUCUAUUCACAAGAUGAAGCAAUCGAGAAAUUAACGACGAGCUAUACAAAUGGCGAGUCAACAGACUUAUCUUUGAACAAAGUCGCUGAUUUGCAAGCGAGAAACAUGCUAGAGAAACUUCUCUCGAUAAAACCAUCCAAUCGAAUUUCAUGUGAACAAGUCCUUCGUUCUGCAUUCUUAAAUUCUGGUCUAGAUACUAAACAGUUGAAUAAUUUACAUUCGGAAUCAACUGAGAAAAUAAUCACGGCUGUAAAUCAAAACACGAACCUUAUAUUAUCUACAAUGCAAGAAACCACAAAUCUGAUUUUGAGCCAAAUAGACGCUGUCAUUAAUAGUAUAACUGACACUAUGGAUGCCGCUAUUCCGCGCUUAUAUAUUUUAUUACCUGGAAAAGAAACGAGCACGAUUUUCAAUCCUAAAUCUUGGACAAGAAAUACUUUUAUUCUACAUGUUUUAUGUGAAGGACUUGAUCCUGGAAAUAGGGAAGCUCAUUUUACCACACAUAGUGGCUACACAAUACAUGAUCCUAAACCUAUGUUGGCAAAGGCUGGUCCUUACCUUUCGAUUGUAGCAACUAUAAUUAGUGCAGGGGUUGAACGUUUCAUUCAUUUAAACAUGCCAAAGAAUAUCUCCGGAUUAAUCAGUCAAAUAACAUCAAGACCCACCGAAUAUUUCCAGCAAUUGACCAAAUUGCUCGACCAAGCGGUGACAAGUCCCGAACAGGCACGCGAAAUUGAAAAUGCAAGGCAAGAUCCUAUAGCUCGAAUGAAAGUUGUUCGUGGUCCCGCGCUUCGUGAAUUUCAGGCUUUUCUCGAAAAAAAUGAUCCCGCGCGGCAGUGGGGUGGAUUGCAACGUGUGGUUUUAAAUGAUGGAAGAUGGCGUUGGGUGUGUCAUGAUUGUCAUCAGCGAGCUUAUGCUGGAUAUCAACAUUCUGUCCAUGAAAAUAAGCACUAUGAAGGUGGAAUGGCAAUGUAA